CUCAAGUACUUCUACUUCACCGCCGACGGCCGCAAGUCCCCCGACGUCGAGAUCCCCGUGGACGCGCCCACCAUGAUGCACGACUUCGCCGUCACCGAGAACCACGCCAUCAUCCCGGACCAGCAGAUCGUGUUCAAGCUCCAGGAGAUGGUCCUAGGCGGCUCCCCCGUGGUGUACGACAGGAACAAGACCGCGCGGUUCGGGGUGCUGCCGAAGCGCGCCACCGACGCGUCGCGGCUGCUGUGGGUGGACGUCCCCGACUGCUUCUGCUUCCACCUCUGGAACGCGUGGGAGGACGAGGCCACGGGCGAGAUCGUGGUGAUCGGAUCCUGCAUGACCCCCACGGACGCCGUGUUCAACGAGUCCGCCGCCGGCGAGGAGAGCUUCCGCAGCGUGCUGUCGGAGAUCCCGCUGGACCCGCGCACCGGCACGUCCUCGAGGCACGCGGUCCUGAGCGAUGUCGACCAGGUGAACCUGGAGGCCGGCAUGGUGAACCAGCAGCUGCUGGGCAGGAGGACGCGCUACGCCUACCUCGCCAUUGCCGAGCCGUGGCCCAAGGUGUCGGGCUUCGCCAAGGUGGACCUCGAGGCAGGCACCGUCGAGAAGUUCAUCUACGGCGACGGCCGGUACGGCGGCGAGCCCUGCUUCGUGCCGCACCUCGACGCCCCCGCGGGCGCCGCGGAGGACGAUGGCUACCUGCUGUGCUACGUGCACGACGAGGGCCGCGGCGCGUCGGAAAUGCUCGUCGUUAACGCCCGCGACAUGCGGGCCGAGGCCGCCGUCAAGCUGUCGGGCCGCGUCCCGUACGGGUUGCACGGCACGUUCAUCGCCAGCAAGAACAUAUGUAGUCUUCAAAGUGGACUUAAGGUCAGCUUGAAUGGCCUUGAAGAGCUGGUUCAGACUUCAGACUGGACCCAAGUUGACCUCAACUUAGAUCAGAAAUUCAGUGUCGUACCUAAAUUUGGCUACUUUACUAAUGCUGCUGGGGAUGGCGGAAGGCAUUGUGCCGUCGUCACCUUCGACAUGCGCGGCGUAGGCUGGUCCACGGGACGGGCGUCGCUCACGCGCUCCACCGAGAACAUCGAGUGGACGGUGAUUCAACCUAAGCCACAUUCUUGA